GGCUGGGAAUCAAAUCAACAACUUUUCAGCUCACAACUUUCCUCCCAGAUCCAGCUGUGAGGAUAGCUGAUGGGUUUGGGGGCCACCUGGUGCAGCCCAGCCCUUGAAGGUGGGCUCACCUCAGUACCCAGGACAGGAAGACCCAAAGAGUUCUAAGGACCCAAUUACCAAGGUUACACAGCUACUCAGGGAAAGCAACAGGGUUGGGCCUCAGGGAUACCUGGUUCCAGACUUGGUGCAGUCUCUGGGAGCAGCCAGGAUGGAGGACACAAGAAAGAGCCAGACUGUGCUUUAGACCUGAGCUGGGUUGCUAUGCAUCAUGACAGGUGGGGCUGAGUCAGAGGAGGCAGCUUGGCUGGGGACAGGCCUGGAGAAUGAACCCUGGGCUCUGUGGGUUGGAGACAGAGCUAAGUGGCAGGGGAGGGAUUCCAAAGAGGUGAAUUGAAAUAAACCAGAACUGCCCUGGCCACGUAGCUCAGUUGGUUGGAGUGUCAUCCUGAUGUGCCAAGGUUUUGGGUUCAAUCCCCGCUCUGGGCACAUACAAUAAGUGAAUACAUAAGUGGGUGGAACAGUAAGUCAGUGUUUCUCUUUCUCCCUCUUCUCCACUUUCCUCUUGCUCUAAAAUCGAUAAAUAAAAGAUUAGCCCUGGCUGGUGUGGCUCAGUGGAUUGAGCACUCCAACCCUAGGGACAGGCAUCAUCAGGCUCCUGCUCCAGCAACUAAAGCUCAAAGUGGCGAUGUAACUGGCCUGAGGCCACACAGCAAUUGUUGCAGCUAUACAUUGGACGGGUCUUUCUUGCUCUUAAGAGCCAAAUCUAGAAAGUGAAGUUUGUCAGGACAUCUCUGUCCUCCCCCCAAGUCCAGAGACCUCUGGGACGGGCCCAGUACUGAGACUUCCAUUCAGCCCCUUUGCUUGGUGCUGGAGAAACUGAGGCCCAGAGAGGAGCCAUGGCCCGCCCGAGCUCCCGCAACAGCGGGCCAGAGGCAGCGGCGCAGAGACUAGGUAAAAUGAAUGACUGCAGGGUUCUCCGCUGGGGGUCAGUUUGCUUGGCCGACCCGGGGCCCGUCAAGCUCUCCCCAGGUGGGGCGGGGCUGUCCAGCCCGGGGCGGGGCCUACGCGCUCGGGCCCGCCCCCGUCCUGCCCUCCCUGCUGCCCUUGCAAGCCGCCCCUGAGGAACCCAGUUUCCGAGCAACUUUUCACGGGCGCCGGGCUGCCACCGAGGCCAGGGCGGGCUGCGAAUGCGCGGAGCGGCGGCGGCGGCGGCAGCGGGUCAGGGCUGGCGGACGCAGAGCUCGUUGCGAAAGUCUGUGGCCCCCGGGCCCAACCGGAGGUGGCGACGACGAAAUGGACGAGCCGCCCUUUACCGAGGCGGCCUUGGAGCAGGGACUAGCCGAGCCGUGCGAGCUGGACGCGGCGCUGCUGACUGACAUCGAAGACAUGCUUCAGCUCAUCAACAACCAAGAUGACUUCCCUGGCCUGUUCGACCCGCCCUAUGCUGGGGGCGGGGCAGGGGGCACCAACCCCCCCAGUCCUGAAGCCAGCUCCCUGGGCAGCUUGUCUUCGCCUCAAGCCACUAUGAGCUCCACACUUGAAGGCUUUCUGGGGGGCCCCAAGGCAAUACCCCCACUGUUGUCCCCUCCUCAGCCUGCUCCCACAUCAAAGACAUGCCCUUCUGUGCCCGCCUUCUCCCCUGGGCCUGGCAUCAAGGAGGAACUGGUGCCGCUGACCGUCCUGCAGCCCUCCACCCCACAGCCCCUGCCGGGGGCCCUCCUGCCCCAGAGCUUUCCAGCCCCAGCCCCACUGCAGCUCAACUCCACCCCUGUGUUGGGGUACCCCAGCCCUCCUGGAGGCUUUUCCACAGGGACCCCUCCAGGGAGCACUCCACAGCCACUGCCUGGCCCACCAGGGGUCUUGCCCUCCUCCUUGCACACCCAGGUUCAGGGUGCAGCCCCUCAGCAGCUGUUGACAGCCACAUCCACCACCACAGUGGCUCCUGGAACAAACAGUGUGACCUCGCAGAUCCAGCAGGUCCCGGUGCUGCUGCAGCCCCACUUCAUCAAGGCAGACUCGCUGCUCCUGACAACCAUGAAGGCAGACACAGGAGCCCCUGUACAGGCGGCCGGUGUCGGCUCCUUGGCCCCGGGCAUGGCUGUGCAGACUGGGCCCUUGCAGACCCUAGUGAGCAGUGGGACCAUCCUGGCGACUGUGCCGCUGAUAGUGGACACUGACAAGCUGCCCAUCAAUCGGCUGGUGGCCAGUGGGAAGUCCCUUGGUUCGGCCCAGAGCCGUGGCGAGAAGCGCACCGCCCAUAAUGCCAUUGAGAAGCGCUACCGCUCCUCCAUCAAUGACAAGAUCAUCGAGCUCAAGGACCUGGUGGUGGGCACUGAGGCAAAGCUGAACAAAUCUGCUGUCUUGCGCAAGGCCAUUGACUACAUUCACUUUCUACAACAGAACAACCAGAAACUCAAGCAGGAGAACUUGAGUCUGCGUACUGCUGCCCACAAAAGCAAAUCUCUGAAGGACCUGGUGUCCGCUUGUGGCAGUGGCGGGAACUCUGAUGUGCCCAUGGAGGGCAUAAAGCCUGAGGUGGUGGACACACUGAGCCCACCACCUUCGAACGCCGGCUCGCCCUCCCAGAGCAGCCCCUUGUCCCUUGGCAGCAGGAAUAGUGGCAGUGGUGGCAGCAGCAGUGAUUCGGAGCCCGACAGCCCAGCUUUCGAGGACAGCCAGCAGGUGAAGCCGGAGCAGCUGCCAUCCCCCCACAGCCGGGGCAUGUUGGACCGCUCCCGCCUGGCCCUGUGCGCUCUCGUCUUCCUCUGUCUGUCCUGUAACCCUUUGGCUUCCCUGCUGGGCAGCUGGGGUCUCUCUGGCCCCUUGGAUGCCACCAGCAUCCACCAGGGCUCUGGACGCAACGUGCUGGGUGCUGAAGAGACAAGUGGGACAGGCCAGCAUGGACACCUCUGGCAGACAGGGAAGUACACAGGUGGACACCUCACUGCCACCAGCCUGGCACUGAGCGCCGUGAACCUGGCAGAGUGUGCAGGGGAUGCCCUGUCUGUGGCCACGCUGGCUGAGAUCUACGUGGCUGCUGCUCUGACGGUCAAGACCAGUCUCCCUCGGACCUUGCAUUUCCUGACCCGCUUCUUCCUGAGGAGCGCCCGCCAGGCCUGCCUGGCACAGAGUGGCUCAGUGCCACUUGCCAUGCAGUGGCUCUGCCACCCUGUGGGCCACCGUUUCUUCGUGGAUGGGGACUGGGCCGUGAGCAGCACCCCCAGGGAGAGCCUGUACAGCUCAACUGGAAACCCAGUGGACCCCUUGGCUCAAGUGACUCAGCUAUUCCGAGAACACCUCCUGGAGCGCGCACUGAACUGUGUAGCCCAGCCCAGUUCCAGCCCUGCAUCAGCUGACGGGGACAGGGAAUUCUCAGAUGCCCUUGGGUACCUCCAGCUGCUGAACAGCUGUGCAGAUGCUGUCAGGGCUCCAGCCUGCACCUUCUCUGUCAGUUCCAGCAUGGCCACCACCACAGGCACAGACCUGGUGGCCAAGUGGUGGGCCUCUCUGAUAGCUGUGGUGACCCACUGGCUGCGGCGGGAUGAGGAGGCAGCUGAGCGGCUAUACCCACUGGUGGAGCGCCUGCCCCGUGUCCUGCAGGAGUCCAAGAGACCCUUGCCCAGGGCAGCUCUGCACUCCUUCAAAGCUGCCCGGGCCCUGCUAGGCCGUGGGAAGGCAGAGUCUGGCCCAGCCUGCCUGGCUGCCUGUGAGAAGGCCAGUGGUUACCUGCAGGACAGCCUGGCUACCACACCAGUUGGCAUCUCCAUUGACAAGGCUAUGCAGUUGCUCCUAUGUGACCUGCUCCUUGUGGCACGCACGAGUCUGUGGCUGCGGCAGCAGCCAUCUGUACCAGGCCAGGCCUCGCAGGCCCCAGGCAGUGGAGCUCCACCCUCUGCCCUUGAGCUACGUGGCUUCCAGCGGGACCUGAGUGGCCUGAGGCGUCUGGCGCAGAGCUUCCAGCCUGCCAUGCAGAGGGUAUUCCUACAUGAGGCCACAGCCCGGCUGAUGGCAGGGGCCAGCCCCACGCGGACACAGCAGCUCUUGGAUCGCAGUCUGAGGAAGAGGGCCAGUUCCUGUGGCAAAGGAGGAGGGAUGGAGCUGGAGCCAUGCCCCUCGCGGCGGGAGCAAGCUGAGGCCCUGCUGCUGGCUUCCUGCUACCUGCCACCCUGCUUUCUGUCGGUGCCUGGGCAGCGUGUGGGCAUGCUGGCCGAGGCAGAGCGCAUGCUCGAGAAGCUCGGUGAUCACCGCCUGCUGUACGACUGCCAGCAGAUGCUCUUGCGCCUUGGCGGCGGGACCACAGUCACCUCCAGCUAGACAUGCUCUCCGGCCCUGCCCAGCCCCAACCUGCCAGCUGUCAGGCCCCAGUACCCGUUUUAAGCCACCUUAGUGCUUUCUGGUUCUGUCACGGGCCAGAACCUGGAAUGCUAAAGGCAGUGCCAGAGACCCCAGUAUCCACCGUUCACCUAGGGACUGCACUGCAUCGGCAGGGUUUGGGAUGGGGAAUGGGACUUUUUUGGGCUUUUGCUGCUUGCCCUGGGAGGCCAGAAGGAACGUGACCCCGUCACUCCUGCCCCUUUCUAACCCGACUAGCAGUGACCAGGAUGAUGCUGACCUCUGGUGGCCGAUCGGAGGAUUGCAGGGGCCGGUCCAGUCUGUUACCUCUUGGCUCUGUAGGUGCCUAGUGGCUUUUCCCUCUGCUAUCUAAGAGGGAAGAUAGGGGGUAUGUGUUACUCAGCUGUGGGGGGAGCAACUUGUCUUUCCUAGCCAGCAAAGGGGCCCGGCCCCAACGCCCCUCUUUGCCUUCUGGAGAGAUGUGUACAUAGUGUAGAUCAGGGUGCAUCAGCCUCCUGGCCUUGGAGACCCAAGUGUUACUUUGCCUUUUGCAAACUUUAUUUUCAUAGGUCGAGAAGUUUUGUACAGAGAAUAAAAAGUGAAAUUAUUUAUAA